AUGUCACAAAUACCUAGAAGAACUAGUGAAUUUCAACCAAGCUCAACUAAGCGUCCUGCUCGAAAUAGCAGAAUAACAUCUUCAGUUUCUAGACCCAGCACAACAGCUGCAGCCUUUAAUAGUCGAAUUUCAGCAGCAGCAUCAUCUAAUGUUCGUCCAAGUACAUCAUAUCCACGAGUUUCAGCAACUCCAAUGCGAACUCCAGCAAAAACCCCAAAUCGAUCAGGAUCUAGAGAUCGUAUGACUGUUGUCCAAAUGACUGCUGAGAAGGAGAAGGCACCCACUGAAGAUAGAGAUUUUAUUUAUACAAAAUCACAGCAAGUACUCGAAGAAUUAUCAAAACAAGAUCGAUUUAAUGAGCUAGUCCAAAAAGGAUUAAAGUCAAUGACCCUUAAAAACUUCAUUUCAAUCCUUGAGUACUUUCUGGAACCAAUUUGUGGCAGUGUACCAAAGGAUUUUCAAACAAACUACAUUGAUUUCUCACAUAAUCUCUUAAUUCAACUGGAAUAUCCAUUUAGUAACAACAAAUCAUCCCUUAAAACACCAAAUGCACCACAUUGCCUUAAUAACAUUAUUAUCUUGCUUGGAUGGCUUGCUGAUUUCUCAAGAAUUGAUGAGGAAGCUAUAAACUAUAAAAUAACUGAUGAACUACCAGAUAUUGAGUCAAUGAAAGUGUUUAUGGAACAAACAAGUGAAGCAUAUAAGCUAUUUAAUGACGAAAGAGAUUAUUCAGACAUUGAAAAGAAGAUUAAAGAGACAUUUUUAGAAAUGCGUGGAAUUAUUGGUUCCGAUGUUGAGUCAGAAAAAGAACGAUUGCAAUUUGAGAUUGGUCAGCUUCAAAAAGAAAGUAAGCCAUUGAGCUUGUUAAAGGACUUUAAUGAGAAGAAAAAACAAUCAACGGAAUUGGAUCAAAAGAUUGCAACACAUAAUAAUAAUAUUGGCGAUCACAACAGAACCAUCACUAAUUUAAAAUCAAAUUUAGCACUGAAGCAGCAAGCACUAGAUCAUGUGCAGAAGGAAUUAAAAACUUUGAAUAAUCAGAUAAAGACACAACUCAUGACAUUAGAAAAACGUCAGCAAAUUCUCGUUGAAAUUACACAUCUAAAGUCAGCAUUAAUGAGCAAACGAAAUGCAGUCAUGGAAUUAACGGAAGCAAGCAGUGAAAAUGAAAUUGCAUUGUCAAACUUGAUAUCUAAAAAAUUUCAGCUUAUUGAUCGACUCAAUAAUCUAAUUUAUACACUUUCAAGUGAACUAAAUUCUGCUGGCAAUACAGAUGAGUUUGAUCCUGAACAUUAUGUCAUAAAAUCCUCAAAUGAUGAUGUAAAUAUGGAAGGAAUGCUUAAUCAAAUGCAUAAAGGCUUGAUUGGACUUAAAAACAAAUACUUUCGAAUGCAGGCAGAGAUGAAGGAUCAAAUAAUGAAAACUGAGUCCGAAAAGCACAAUUGUAAGACUCAAAAGGACAUUUUGGAUGCAAAGCUUCAACAAAUUCGGAAGACAUUCGAACAAAUUGUAAAUGAGGAAUCAAUUGUUGAGCAGGAACUUUCUGCAUUAGUCCACAACAUCCAAGCAAAUUAUUAUGAGCGAAAGGAAAAGAUCAAGCAGAAUGAAAAGGAAAUGAUUGAACGAACUAAAGGUUUACAGCAAUUAGAAAAUGAGGUCAAGGAACUGCGUGAAAAGAGAGAAGAUUUUGGUGCCAAAUCUGUGGCUCAAUGUGAAAAAUUAUUAAAAGAAAGACAGAAUGAAAUUGAGGCUCGAAGACAGUUCCUGAAAGAAAAUACAGCUGCAAUUAAUUAUUAUCACCGAAAUAAGGAGCAACUGCCUCAAGAACUUGAGAAUAUGCUUGGCGAAGUGCGACAAAGGAAGAUGGAUGAAGAGAAUAAGGAAAAUUAG